AUGUCUGAUCAACAAAAACUAAUGUCCCAAAGACUCGAAGGCUCAGCCCCCAAUUCAGGCCAAGCCAUAAGAUUCUUAACUGCGGCGACAAUCGGAGGUGUUUUGCUCGGUUUAUCCGGUUUAACCUUAACCGGGACGGUGAUCGCCCUGAUUAUCGCCACCCCGGUUCUGCUUCUGUUCAGUCCAAUUCUUAUCCCAGCCGGAAUUGUUCUGGUCUUGGUCACUGCUGGAUUCUUGUUCACCGGUGGCUGUGGGGUGGCGGCGUUAUUGUGGAUAUACAAUUAUGUAGCCGGAAAACAUCUACCGGGGUCGGAUCAGGUGGAUUAUGCUAGAAUGAGAAUUGCAAAUAAGGCUAGAGAUGUGAAGGAGAAGACUAAAGAGCAGCAAGAAACUGGGGUUCAAGGAUCUUGA